GAUAGGAUUUUUGACUAAUCUGGCAAAUCCUUAAUGAAAAUCAAAAACUGCAGUGGUCUUAAAACUGAAGUGGUCUUAAACACUUUGUAAACAUCUGAUUUUUUAAAUUUAUUUUCAAUAGUAUGAUUAUGCUCCCUUCUGUUGGAAUAUUUGGUACUGACAGUCAUGCACAAAUAAUUAUAUCACUAUUUAAAGCUGCAGGGUUUCCUGUAACAGCUGUAUGGGGUCAGACAUUAGAAAAAGCUAAAAGUUUAGCAAAUGAAUUAAAAAUAUCAUUUUAUACAACAAAAAUUGAUGAGCUUCUUCUUCAUAAUGAAGUGGAUAUUGUUUGUGUGUCAGGUACACCACAUCAGUACGCACAAGUUUGUGUAAAAGCAUUGUCAAUUGGAAAACAUGUGUUCAGCUCAAUUCCUGCUGGUCUUACUUUAAAGGAUGCAAACCAAAUGUUAGAAGCUGCCCAAUAUUAUCCAAAACUACUGUCUGUUUUAAAUCAUCCUUUGCGUUUCCUUGCUGCUUUUAUUGAAGCUAAAAAAUUACUUUCAAGUGGUUAUUGUGGAGACUUGAUAGUAUGUGAAUGCAGCAUUCAUACUACAUCGUUAGUUAAACAAAACUAUGACUGGCAAUGUGAUGGAUCUAUGGGAGGGGGUAUGCUGCAAACCUAUGGUUCACAUAUCAUUGAUAUUUUAGCAUUUUUGACUGACAAAAGAGCGAUUGAGGUUCAAGGAACAUUAGAAACAUUUACAAAACAACGGGAUGAUAUGCCUAUGUUUCGACAUAUAUCAAGUGAUGACUUUUGCUCUUUUCAAUUAAAAUAUCCAAAUGAUGUUCAAGCAUGUGUGACACUAAAUUCUCAUCUUCCAAGUGGGUUUCUACAAGAACUUAUGCUUAUUGGUAAAAAAGGUUUUUUAAAAAUAGUAAAUUGUAAUUUAUAUGGACAAACUAAAGGAAGCAGUGAAGUAGAAAGUCUCUAUAUGGAAGAAUAUGAAAAUGGAUCUUUAUACGAUUCAUUCCAGGAUUUAGUUCCUGGAAUGUACUUAUUCGGUCUUGAACAACUUAUUGAAGGAGUUAAAAUGGCAUUUGAAAGUAUGCAAGAUAGUUCAGUUAGUGCCGAUAGAAGAAAUGCAGAUCACAAUUUAAUUUCCACCGCUGCAAAUUUUGAAAAUGGAUGUCACACUCGUGCGGUAUUGGAUGCUAUCGUAAAAUCUCACGAGAAACGAGCAUGGGUACCGGUAAAACAGCAAAACGACGCCAGUCCACCAUUCUGGAGUGUUAAAGAAUCUUUAUUACAAGAAAACAAUAAAUCUACGCAUUUGUCACAAGAUCUGCACAAAAAAUCUCCUGUUACAAAUAAAAAAAUGAAAUAAUUUUA